AUGGCUGAACAUUUAAUCGUAAUUUCAUCCAAAGCCCCUCUGGCCAACUCUGUUGGACCACCUUGGUGCUUCUACCCCAGUUUGUACCCUGGCUACAAACUGGGUCCCUUCACUCCUUCAAAGCGAGGCCUGGCUGCCACUUUGACUCGUGCCAAGCCCUCAUACCUGCCUAGAGACGUCUCUACACUAAGACUGGAAAUCAUUGAGGAGACCACAGGCUGCUUGCACCUCAUUCUGAUGGACCCGUCCUCUCAGCGAUAUGAGGUCAAGCUCCCAGCUGAUGUUCCCAAGAGCAGAGCAGAUAACUCCGAUGUCCUUUACACCACCGAGUACCAGUCUGACCCAUUUGGUUUCAUAGUGCGACGUAAAUCCAAUGGACACACGAUUAUAAACACCACUGUGGGACCUCUGCUUUUUGCUGACCAGUACUUGCAGUUGUCCACCACACUAGCCUCAUCCCUUGUGUCUGGCCUUGGGGAACAUUACACCUUCCUCCUCCUGGACCUUAACUGGACUUCUCUUACUCUCUGGAACAGAGACAUGGCACCUCAUGCUCAUGCUAACCUAUGUGGCUCCCACCCAUUCUACAUUGUACAGGAGGCUGAUGGAUUAGCACAUGGAGUUUUCCUUCUCAACAGCAAUGCAAUUGAGGUGACACUUCAGCCGACUCCUGCUCUCACCUGGGUGUCAACUGGAGGAAUUCUGGACCUAUACUUUUUUUUAGGUCCUGACCCUCAAAGUGUUAUACGACAGUACCUUCAGGUCAUUGGCCGUCCCAUGAUGCACCCUAUUGGUCCCUGGGAUUUCAUCUUUGCCGCUGGGGUUACACCACCACUAAUACAACCCGCAAGGUUGCACAACGCAUGCACAAUGCCAAACUUCCAUUGGAUGUGCAGUGGAAUGAUUUGGAUUACGCAGACGAGCGAAGGAUUUUCACUUUUGAUCCCUGGCGAUUUGGUAACCUCCCAGAGAUGGUGGAAGAAUUCCAUAGGAGAGGCAUGAAGUACAUCCUUAUUCUGGACCCAGGGAUCAGUAGCACUAGCCCCACUGGAACUUACCCUCCCUUUGAUGAUGGCCUGAAACGAGACGUCUUCAUUAAAAAUGUCACAGGACACAUUUUGAUCGGGAAGGUUUGGCCUGGCCCUACAGCCUUCCCUGACUUCAACAACCCAGAGACCAGACAGUGAUGGGAAGACUGCAUCAGAGAUUUUCAUUCUAAAGUGCCUGUGGAUGGACUGUGGAUUGGCUCAAUGGAGGGCUGUCCUCACACUGAUCUUGAAGACCCGCCUUACACACCUACUUAGUGUUUUAGUGUCACAAAUUAUCAGCAUGUGAAAUCAUAAAAAAACAAUAUUUUGUUUACAUAUGCUGUCAAUUGUGUUACGUUAAAGGUCCAGUGUGUAACAUUUAGCAGAGUUUAUUAGCUGAAAUCAAAUACACUCUCCAUAAGUAUGUUUUUAUAAGUUACUAACCAAUAAAUUAUAUAACAAAUUUAGAAUCAGCCCUUUACAUGUACAGAGGGCCUUGCUUUACAGGGGUCUCCAACUUGCUUUGCAUGUUUCGACGGCAAACAUUGUACUUUGUAGUCCCCAUUAAAUUAAACACAUUCUUACAUACUGGACCUUUCAAAGUACAUACAGUACACAAAUGCUCUGCAGAUACAUACCUGUUUCAUUGUUCUGAAUGUUGCUUCAAAUCAUUGUCUGUGUUCCUGAAUCUCAUACAAACAGGAGUAGUCGGAGGAGAGUUGAACUCGGGAACUCUCUGCAUGUCAGCUCAGCAGAGGCAAUCCACUCACUACAACCUGCACAAUAUGUACGGACUGACAGAAGCAUAUGCCACAAACAGAGCUCUUACAAAGGUACGAGGGAAGAGGCCUUUUGUCCUGUCUCGCUCCUCUUACUCUGGCAUUGGACGCUUCUCUGGAGUGUGGACAGGUGAUGUCAGGAGUGACUGGGAGCAGCUGCGAUUCUCCAUCCCUGCUGUGCUGCAGUUUAGCCUGUUAGGGUUUCCUCUGGUGGGGGCAGACAUCUGUGGAUUUGAAGGCAACACCACCAAGGAACUGUGUGUGCGAUGGAUGCAGCUUGGGGCCUUUUACCCGUUUAUGAGGAACCACAAUGACAACUUCAAUGCUCCUCAGGAGCCAUAUGUAUUUGGGCAGGAGGCUCAGGCUGCCAUGCGGGGUCCACUGAACCUCUCAAACACCCGUUCUUCUGGAGCCUUGAGAAGGAGCUGCAGUUCUUUCAGGAUGUAAGUGACAGAAUAGAAAAAGCACCACUGGACAGAGGAGGGAGGGCUGUUGUCAAGGGGGACUGGAGAGAGCACAUCACAGUACCACUGCAGACAGAAACACCAUUACCGAGAGUUGCCUGCUGAGGUACAGGAGACCUUGGGCUCUAUCCCAGAUGACUUUGUUUCCUACUUCACUUCCCGUUUCCCCCACCUGCUGAUGCACACGUAUCUUGCCAUGUGGACCUGUGCACCCGAGCGGCCAUUCCUGCCCUACUACUCCACUACAGUGCAGCUCGCUAAAACUCAGGCCCAGCACACACAUACAGGGCCACAAAGACAAAAUGAGCCAUGCACUCAACACCUGCCAACACACACAUGUCCAACAUCUUCACAACCCGAGGAAUCUACACAUUCGUCACAGCCAGUGCAGGAUUGUCACACAGCACCUGCUGAAUCAGUUCCCUCUACAUCACCUUGUGAGCCUUUAUCGUCACACUUGCCUGUACAGACGGUGGCGACUGACUCUUACAGUCAAACGGUAAACUCCACAUUUGAACCAGAAUGGCUUACUACUUCUCUUAAGCAAAGGGAAUCCAAUCAGUCUGAAAUGCACAUACUGCCAAAUCUCCUCACACUGAACAAUGAUCCAGUGUGAACUGGGAUCAGUGGAGCCCAGCACAGACAGGAGCAUUGCCUUUUGAAGAGUGGGUACAAUGUGUGGUGUAGUUGCUGAGCUCUGCAUGUGAGGACCAGGCCUGCAGUGCCUGUGAUCUACUACCAGGUGGAGUAGCUGCCCCUCUGUGGUUUAAGUGCCUUCCCCUGAUCUGAGUUAAAGUUUUGAAAUGGUAAUUCACGCCUUGUCACCACUCGGCUGGAUUACUGUAAUUCACUUUAUGUGGGGGUUAGUGCGUCCUCCAUUGCCCGUCUUCAGAUGGCACAAAACGCUGCCGCACGUCUUUUAACUGGCACACGUAAAUUUGAGCACAUUUCCCCCAUUUCAGCCUCACUCCACUGGCUGCCCAUACACUUCAGGAUCAAUUUUAUUUGUUUUUAAAUCCCUGAAUGGUCUUGCCCCGCCCUACCUCUCCGAGCUUCUACAUCCAUACUCACCCGCUCGCUCUCUCAGGUCAGCUGAUCAGCUGCUCCUGAGUGUGCCUAAAACCAGGCGGAAGCUCAGAGGGGAUCGUGCCUUCGCUGUCACAGCUCCAAAACUUUGGAAUGAUCUGCCUCUGCACAUAAGACAGGCCUUGUCCUUGUCUGUUUUUAAAUCCCUUCUUAAAACCCACCUUUUCUCUUUGGCCUUUGACACUUCAUGAGAUGUUUGGUUUUUAUUUAUUUUACUUUUUUUUUUUUUUUUUUAAUGGAAUUUAUUGUUUUUUAUUGUAUGGGUGCUAUUUCUCAUUUUGUUUUUAUGAUUCUAAUUUAUUUUAAGCUGUUUUAUCUAAUUUUGAACCUUUUACUUAUACUUAUUCUGUACAGCACUUUGGUCCAUUGUGGUUUGUUUAAAGUGCUUAACAAAUAAAGUUGGAUUGGAUUGGGUUAAAGUGUUCCCCCAAAAGAACCGACUACAAGUCUCUCCGUCCAAAGCAAGUUCGAUAUCCACGAGGGUGUUGGAGGACAUUUUCUUGACGCUGGAUUGAGGAAAAAAAAGUUGUUGAACGUGUGUGUAGUCAUAUUGUGCAAUGUUGUAUUUCUGAGUGAGCCUUUUCACUGCACAGAUACUGUAUAUAUAUUUUUGUAUAGAAAGAGUCAGAAUUUGAAUCAUCAAUGAUAAAUCGUUUAAUAUGGCUGAUGUGCCUUUUUUUUUUUAAACCAUCACUGUGCUGUAUGGGUGCGGUUCUUAAAAGUUGACUAUACUAAAUAUGCUUGAUUCCAGUUAAUGCUGCUAAACUGCUUUUAUUCUGUCAAUCAAAACUUUGUGCUCAAGACUUAUUAAGAGUGGACUGUCCCAAAUGGUGUUAAGGAUUGCAUCUCAAUACAUUAUGUAUUUUAUCCUCAUGUCUUUAUCGAGUUAUAUAUGAGUUCAGAGGUCAGGUUGCUGAAAGCUUGUGUGUAAUAAGUUAAAAGGGUUUUAAAGUGAAUUGAUGACAUGC